AUGGUUUUAGCGAAAGCUGUUCAAAAUGUCUUUAUCGUUGCUGCUAAGCGUACAGCCUUUGGUACUUAUGGUGGCAAACUAAAGAACAUGUCCUGCACAGACUUAACAGAAAUUGCAGCCAAAGCAGCAUUGGAAUCUGCGAAUGUCAAACCUGAAGCUGUAACAUCUGUUGUGGUUGGUAAUGUCAUUCAGAGUUCAUCAGAUGCUCCUUACAUUGCACGUCAUGUUGGUCUUCGAAUUGGUGUUCCUAUUCAUGUCCCUGCUCUCACAGUCAAUCGGUUGUGUGGCUCAGGAUUUCAAGCUAUUAUCAAUGCGGCACAGGAAAUCUUGUUGGGAGAGAGUGACAUUGCUGUGUGCGGUGGUGCAGAAAAUAUGAGCAUGGCCCCAUUUGCAGUCAGGAAUGCAAGGUUUGGUACAACUCUUGGAGUUGAUUUGAAGUUGGAAGAUGUCCUCUGGCACGGUUUGACUGAUGCACAUAUCAAAAUGCCCAUGGCCAUUACAGCUGAAAACUUGGCUGUGAAAUAUAAUCUAUGUCGUGAUGAAGUUGAUGAAGUUGCUCUUAGAUCACAGACACGGUGGAUAGCUGCACAAAAGGCUGGAAAAUUUAAUAUGGAGAUUGCUCCUAUUGUACUAAAAGGCAAGAAAGGUCCAGAAAAUUUUGAGGUUGAUGAACACCCAAGAGAAACAAAUAAAGAAAGUUUGUCCAAAUUGCCUCCACUUUUUAAAAAAGGUGGAGUUGUAACUGCUGGAAAUGCAUCAGUUAGUUGA